AUGGCGCAGCUGCAUCUUGCGCCGAUCUGGGAUGGCUCGUUGUUUGUGGAUAGCUCGGUGAUGGGAAGGAUUUGUCUGCGAAUUAGAGAUAAUUAUAACUGCGACCGGGGGAAUAUCGGGAUUUGCGGUGUUCUUACUUCGUUUUUCCUGCAUGUUUAUCAUGCGAAGUUGAACCAGCGAACGGCUGCUAUGAUGUAUAUCCAGGAGGCUAUAGCUGGGGCUCGCAUGUUGCGUUUGGAUAAGAUGUCUUCACGGUUGCACAACGUGACAUACAGCCAUUUAAUCGUCAACAAGGAGUUGAUUUUUCCCUUGCUGUGGGUUACAGAGAGGGGCUACGCUCUGCAUCUCAAUGUUUCUCCAUUAUACACCGAGUCACUAUCGUUACCGGAAAUUGCGAUUAGCUCUACUAUUGACGACCAUGCCCGCGGUCUACUCGAUCUUGUCCGGCUGUUCGUUGCAUUCGACCAUAUAUCCGUACGCCAGCCUCACGCCAGCAUUGCGUCCACACCUUGUCUAAUAGAUACCGAGACGAAACUCUCCUCAGUCCGUCUAACUGACGACCAGAUCUCCGCCAGGACGGCAGACUGCCAUAUCACCCGGGAAUGGAUGAGGACUAUCCUCUGGCAAAAGGCGCUUGCCUUUGGGCUCCUGUCUUCGAGCUCUUACACGGCGAUGAUGAACUUUGGCUUCCCUGGACAGAUUGGACGGGAUCUUCUACGGUCGUUACGGUAUUUCACUGCUGCGGAUUUGCUGCCUUUGGGGCGGGAUCAGUUAUUGAAAUGCUUCGAAAUAGCAAGCACCCUGGCAGAUACUAUCCUUCUCACUUCAGCUACGUCUUAUUCUGCCCGCGAGUUCGGGCCGCAGGACUUUCUGCAUGCGUUGUAUCAGAAACUGCUUCCAUCUCUUGAACAGGAUUCAGUGUUGAAGUCUAACUUGCGGAGUAAGAUGGCGGAGGCCCUGGUUACGGCGCCGGCGAGAUUGUUGAUGGAGCCGACUAGUAUGGAGCCAGAAGACUCCAGACACUACACAGCGGCAGAUGGGAUCGACUUUACCGUAUAA